AUUGACGUGUGAAUCUUCACACUCAUACAUGACUUCAAGUUUGUUAUUGAUAAAAAGGUUAGCUUAGCUAGCUGUGAUAAUGAAAGCCGCUUUAUAUGUUAUCGUAUUAAUCUUGGUUCACAGUUUGGCGAUCGAUGUUGGAGGAGGCGAUGGCGGCAAUCGAUAUGGCGCCGUGAAAGCUACGCCGGCAGAGGAGGAGGCGGUGGCAGCGGUGACGCUGGACCCAUCAUCGCACAGUGAGGAGGGAUACGAGCAAUCAUCAAGAGCGAUACCGGGCACAUGGUACCAAUCUCCGCAGCCCUUUCGAACCCGUCGCCAGGAUGCUCCGGCGUAUGCGGCACCACCACCUUUUUCCUACGUCAUGGCUGCUUCAGAACUCGAUCCACCACGGCCGCCUCGCCGCCUGCUACUUUAGUAUAAUUAUUAAUUGUCAUAUCAGUUUUUUAAAUUUCAAUUCUAGGAGUUUAAUUUGCCGUAUUUGAUGAUUCAUAAUAUUGAAAAUGUUAUAAAUAUAGCUACAAUGUUCAGGUAAAAAUGAUUGAUAAGACUCAUGAAACGAAAAAUAGGAUACCAACGAGCUCAAUUUAAUGAUCAA